CGAGUGGAGAGUGGCUGGAGCGAUGGAUUCCUGGGUGCGAUUCAGUGCCCAAAGCCAAGCUAAGGAGCGGGUAUUCAGGGCUGCUCAGUACGCCUGCACUCUGCUUGGCUACACACUGCAGAAGAAUGGGGCCAGCCCUGAUUUUCUUGCUAGGAUCAAGCAGUUAGAGGCUCACAUGAGCUUGGGACGCAAAUUGUUCCGGCUAGGGAAUUCUGCCGACGCCCUGGAAGCAGCCAAACGGGCCAUUCACCUGUCGGACAUGGUCCUUCGGUUCUGCAUCACCGUGAGCCACCUGAACAGAGCCAUGUACUUCGCCUGUGACAAUAUCCUAUGGGCUGGGAAAUCAGGCCUCGUCCCACAUAUGGACCAGGAGAAAUGGAGCCAGAGAUCGUUCAGGUAUUACCUCUUUGCACUGAUAAUGAACCUGAGCCGGGAUGCCUAUGAAAUCCGUCUGCUGAUGGAGCGUGAGGGGAACGGGAAGUGCCAAAGGGGGGGCGGGGACAACAGCCGCACCCCCGGGGAGGACGGCAAGCUCCAGCAAGUGGCGCUGAGACUGAGGCUGCAGCUCCGCCUCCUCGCGCAGGUGUUGAGGAGCAACCCGCCUCUUCUCUUGGACGUGGUGAAAAACGCCUGUGACGUUUUCAUCCCUCUGGACAGGCUGGGCCUGUACAAGACUGGCCCGGGUUUCGUGGGGCUCUGCGGCCUGACGUCAUCGGUCCUCUCCAUCUUCACCAUUGUCCACCCGUGGCUGAAGCUGAAACCUUGAAAAGGUGU